AUGGUGAUACCAGGCGACGACCGUUGUGGUUUCCUGGCUUCAAACAGUCCUGGGAAGAGGCCUCCAGCCGUCCCCGAGGCUGGCGUAGCAGAAAGAAUUGUUCCAUCCUCGCUGGUCGGUCUGGCAUCCAGAGCCGUCCAGGCUCGCCAGAUGCGCUGGUCGCUGCCCAAUGCUGCCGUGACCGCGCACGUCUGGCCUGGAAUGGAGCCAGCCGGAGGCGCCGUGCUGUUUGUGUUCUCGUUGUCGUCUCGACUGCCUCUGCCUGCCACCUGGUAA